AUGGCGGCGGCGGCGGCGUCUAUCUCCGGAUCCCGCACCUGCUACCCUAGCGGCGGCGUCCCAAUGGCCAGCGGCGGCCGGCGGCGCACCGUCAUCAGGAGCUCCUUCGCGCCCGGCUCGCCGGCGUCGACGCCAUCGACGGUGCGGAUCGGCAGCAAGUGGACGGAGCUCCAGGGCGCGCGGGACUGGGACGGCCUGCUGAGCCCGCUGGACGGCGCGCUCCGGGGCGAGCUGGUCCGGUACGGGGAGUUCGUGCGCGCGGCGUACGCCAGCUUCGACUUCGAGGGCGGCGCGCCGUCCUACGGCUCCUGCCGGUUCCCGAGCCGCUCCCUGCUGCGCCGCGCGGGGAUGCCGGGGACCGGGUACCGGGUCACGCGCCUCCUCCACGCCGCGUCGUCGUGCACCGCGUCGCUCCGGUGGUGGCUACCCUCGUCGUCGCCGCCGCCGUGCGGGUCCAGCUACAUCGGCUUCGUCGCGGUGUGCGACGACGAGCGCGAGAUCGAACGGCUCGGCCGCCGCGACGUCGUCGUCGCGUUCCGCGGCACCGCCACGUGCGGCGAGUGGGUGGACAACUUCAAGUCCGGCCUCACACGGCUCCCGACGAUCCCGACGACGAUGACCGGCGGGGGGGAGGACGACGGCGAGGAGGCGAUGGUGGAGCGCGGGUUCUGGAGGCUCUUCACGGCGCCAGGCGAGGCGCACAGCAGCCUGCAGCAGCAGGUGCGCGACGAGGCGCGGCGGAUCGCCCACGAGUACGGCGGCAGCGGCAUGCCGCCGCUGAGCAUCACGGUGACGGGGCACAGCCUCGGCGCGGCGCUCGCGGUCCUCACCGCCCACGAGAUCGCGACGACGCAGCAGCAGCAGCAGCGACAGGAAGACGGCGAGCCGGCGGCGAUGAUGGUGACGGCCGUGUCGUUCGGCGGGCCGCGCGUGGGCAACGCGGCGUUCCGGCGGAGGAUGGAGGAGAGCGGCGGCAAGGUGCUCCGCGUGGUGAACUCGGACGACAUCGUGACCAAGGUGCCGGGGUUCCCAGUGCACGAGCAGGGCGACGGCGGCGACCAGCCGGCGAAGGGGAUGAUGAAGGCGAGGCUGCCGAGGUGGCUCGUCGCCAAGAUGGGGUGGGCGUACGCCGACGUAGGGCGCGAGCUGCGGCUGAGCCAGGCCGGCUCGCCGCCCAACGUGGUGGCCUCGCAUGACCUCGACUUGUACCUCAAGCUCGUCGCUUCCUGCACAGACUAG